AAGAAAGUAAAGAAAACACAGCAGAGACGAAGACCCAUCACCUUGAGUCAGUCCACUAACUUCUCUGUAAUCUCUUCUUCCUUUAUCUCUGUCGCUCUCUGCCGAUCGAAGUGAAUCCAAGAAACAAAGUGAGACAGAAAAACAAAAUGUGUUCUUCAGAAGGUGACUGCAGGCCUUUGGGGUUUCUACUCGGCCUUCCCUUUGCCUUUCUCUCCCUCCUCCUCUCCGUCGUCGGCAUCGUCAUCUGGAUCGUCGGAUUAAUGCUGACCUGCAUCUGCCCCUGCUGCUUGUGCGUGACUGUGAUAGUGGAGUUGGCCCUGGAGUUGGUCAAGGCCCCAUUUCAUGUCAUGGAGUGGUUUACAUCUCAAAUCCCCUGUUAAUUUCAUCCUCAUGGUUAUGCAAAUACCUUGGCUUUAUACUCUUUUUUAGUGUUGUAUAGCAUUUAAAGUUCGUUCAGACUUCUCAACUUUGGUUACUAUGAGACUUUGUACUUGCUAAUAUGCCACCCUUUAUGAUGGCAAUGAUUUACAGCAAGCUUUGAACUAAUUCAUGCAGUACUAGCACCCUGUCGAGUUUUUAUAUUUUACAUACAAUUUUCUCGGUUAAGAUUUUAUUUUAUAAUUUGUAAAGUAGGA